AUGAUGGUCGCGUCCAUGCAAGACGCGUCAAUGCGCGAUGACCCUGCUCCCGACCCCAACAACUUUGACGAACCCGAACUACCCUCCCUCCCUUCGACGUCAAACUUUGAACUACCCCGAUACAACAUCAGCACCUACGAUUUCACGCCCUUGGUCUCCUCCCCAAGUCCAUUGUCGCUCAACCAUGCCGGCCAGAUCCUGCUCCUGACGCGAGGGCAAAUCAACAUUCUGGUACGGUGCAGCAGUGCGCUGCACAAGCUCAACCUUGCUCGAAGCGGUCAACUCAGUCGCUCAUUGCAUCCUCGCAGACCCCAGCAACGGGCUACCAGACCGAUCAACCGAUCGUACAGUCCGGCGCACUCGCCAACCUCACCGCCAAUGCGAACACCUCAAAGGGCAAGGAGAGGGCCAAUGCAGACGAUCCCACGCCUUUACCUGCCUUUCGGACGACUAUCCCCAUAGAGAAAAAGGAUCUUAUCGACUGGGGUGGAUGGGCGAAUGGUCAGUGGUCUAAUGUGGGCUGGGCUUCCAGCGAGCGAGCGAGCGAGUCCCUUUCGAGGCUGAUGAGAAUUCCGACCCUCUGUGUCGACAGAGAUCCAUGUCGGGACGGCCGCGUCGGGUUCACUGGAACACUUCUGGAGGGAUGCAGCUUGGUCACCAUUGGGUUUGGGCUCCAUAGGAGGGUCAGUGCGAUCAUGCAAAUACGCUCGGAGGUCUUCCGACAAGUCUUCGGUCGCUCAUCUUUCGGAACCCCAUCCGCUCUCGAUCCAGGUGUGCCCUCGUGGCUUUGUCCAACAACAACGAAGCCAUCGUAUAUGAACCCCAAAAGAACGCACACAAGUCACAAUGGGUCACUGUCAGUCGCAUCGCCGCGCACAACGUCAGAUUUGGACGAAACUCUGAUCCCGGGCCUGGACUUUGCGACAGGCCUUUGACAUUUCGUCGCAUUUGAUCAGGUUACUUUUGCGCGAUGAAGGUGAGGAUUCAGGCAGAAGAAACGUCGGAUGAUUCCGAACGCUGAUCAUUUCCUCGAGAGCCGAGCCUCCCAGAUCCGACGACGCCCGCGAGUGAUAAACCGAUCGAGACGCAAGAGGAUCGACGCCAGCUCGCCACCAAAAUUUGGGAAUGUCAGAGCACAGGUCCGUGUACCUCCACGCUCAUUACUCCUCGUCACUGUAGGGAAUAUAAGACUGAACCACCAGAAUGCCACAUACAGCCGUCGCUUGGUCGUCUGCGGUGACUGGUGCUUAUGGAGACUUUUCGAUUCUCGCCAUCGGUCACAGGAGUGGGCAUGUUUCGCUGUGGAGGUGAGUAGUGUGAACCUGCGCAUCCAAUAGCCCUCAGUACCAUUGACCACCACUUUCUCUCAGACGAGCUCACAACGGCGACCUAUCGAUACUGCAUCGGUAUCGGCUCGACCCCCAAGCGAGCUGGAUUACCCUCCUCUCCUGGUCCAAUUGGAUACCGUCCCACGACGGCACAACAACAACAGGCCUACUAGCCGCCACCGACUCGACAGGUCAGACAUGGGUCGUGGAAGUCUCGCAGUAUGUCAGCGCGGGUCGGCCGUUGUUGUCUGAUCAAGAGGCUGCACCGUCUGAAAAGACGGAGGAUGUUUGGGCGACGGAACCUAUUGUCAUUUGUGAGACCGAUCAGAGACCCGUUAGUCAGUUCAAGUGGAUACCGAAUGAGGAGACAUUGGCGAGUCUAAUUCUCACGUCUCUAGCUUGAGUCUGGCUUACAUGGGCUGAUGUGUUUCAUCCCCCCCCAGCCCACUCUCGCAUUGACCAAGCUCGGUACGAUCACCUUCAUCGACUUGGAGCCUAACACCUCUGAGGACCCUACGUCGACCUACCAACUUGAAAGCUCUUUUGAGCUCGAAUUGAGCACACAAGGGGAUUGGAUGGGUACGACACCCUUCGCUCCAUGCAACGGGAUCGAAUGGUACGCCUCGUCCAAAACCCUCAUCCUCUCCCUGGAAUCAUCGGCUUUCUACAUCCUCUCCAAAACGGAGGGUCAAUGGCACUUUAUCGACUCUUCCGAAUCCGUCGAGGAUGGAUCCCCAAUCACCACGACGAGUGCCCAAGUGACCCGAAUAGCACGCCAAGUCUUCCUCCGCACCUUUGGCCAAACCUACACUACCCGUGCCAGAAGACAAGAAACUCAAGCCGCCGGAGGCACAUGGAAGAAAGGUGCUCGGAUCUUCGGCCUGACCGCUUUCGGGGAAGAUGGUCAAUUGGGUUGGUUGUAUGAGAACGUCGUGCCCGAUGCGAUGAAUUAUAAGGCCAUUGGGCAUACGAGGACGCAGUUUGUAGUGUUACCAAUUUUGGGGGAUGUGAAAGGGGAGAAGCAGAGGGAGAGGUUGCAGAGACUUUUGGGCGAGCCGAGGAAUCGUGAGUCCGAGGUCGUUGUGGAAAGCUUGGCCAUUGGAGGCUGACGUUAUGUCAUGGUACAGCUCUCGAAUCCUCACCACUCGCUGUCCUGCGCUCCUUCCUACGCUACGCCGAUGAAACCAUUUCCAACUUUGCUUGGACGUCCUCCAUCCUCACCCUACUUGAAGCCGAAUCGAUACCUCUCGAAACCCCCAUCAUCAACUCCCUUAUAGACCGUCCAACCACAGCCCAAGCCAUCUACGAUCACCUCUACCUUGACGCCGCGCUCAACGCUCUGCGGUACCGAGAACUCGUCACUCGAUUCUUGGCCCGACAUACGUCUCUGCCGAAGGGGUUGAAGAGGAGGACAGGAGAGGUUCAUCGUGCAUUGGCGAGGAGAGUUGUGCAUCAGGUUGUGACGAGAUUGGGAGAGAUGAUGAGCAGUGCUCAGGAACAUUUGAUGCGUGAGUUUUCUCGUUCGUGCACCUCGCACACGGCCAGGUUUCGGUCAACGAGGUCUGAUCGAAGUUCUUCUCGUCUCACAGCUACCGAACUUCCCAUCUCCGGCCGCAUCCUCCUCGCCUCGGCUUCCUUCACCAACGCCCCACUCAAGAUCGAAGACCCAUCCGACGUCUCCUCCACCCUGCCCGACCCGGACACCCUACAACACACAUUCGGCGGUUCCGAACAUUGUCCCGCCUGUUCCUCCCCCAUCGCCUUGGAAGGCGUUCGUGCAGCGAGGUGUGAAAGGGGUCAUGUUUGGGAGAGGUGUUCGAUUACGUUGAAGGUGGUGGAUACGGUGGUGGUGAGGACCUGUGUGGGGUGUGAGAGAAAGGCUUUGUUGGGGUUGGGUUCGAAGAAGGAGAAGAAGGCGGUGCUUCCGGCGGAGACGGAGGGGCAGGAAGGGGCGGGUGAAGGGGAAGGGGGAGGAGUAGUUGAGACUAUGCUGAGGGAGUGUAAGGCUUGUUUGUACUGCGGGUGUUCGUGGAUGAGGAUCCGAUGAAACUCAUGUCGAUAGAGAAGACUGACAUGCCCCUUCAUGUAUUCCAAGCUGCGAAACCAAAUGACGAAAAGAAGGCGCAAAAGAGUGCAAACAACUUCAAUCUAGCGGAACGUGAGCGCGUAUCCACUUAG